AUGAAGGACUUUCUAGGAAUCUGAGGGGGAGAUUUGUGGUGAAGUUUCGAAAGGGGAGGUGGGUGGGAGGGGGUGAUGCUGGAGGGGGUUAAGGGGUUUUGGGGUGAAUUAAUGGGGGUUGGAGAUGUGGUUGGGAUGGUGGUUUUGGGGGGUUGAGGGGGUUGAGGGGGUGGGUUUUAGAGUAUUGGGGAGUUGUGAAAUAUGUGGUUUCUUGUUGGGAAUAAAUUUUUUAGAAGACUUAUGUUUUAGAAGGAGUCAACCUAGUUAGAUUUUUAGCUUUCGAAAAGCACAGUGAAUCUCUAUUUAUCUGUUUCUUGUCUUUGGCGAGUUCUUAUAAACUUGAAAUUAGCUUAUAAUAAAGACUCUGGUGAUUUUAAAAAUUUAAUAAAACUCCAUUGUGAGAUUCUAACAUUUCAAAAUCUAUUGAAUAGUCAACUAAAUUCGCAUUAGUUACUAAGUUUAUAGUGAGCAGGAAAGCUCAACUGUUUUCUUAUUACAGGAAUCCUGGAGGAGUUCUUAAUCAGACCCUCUAUUCAAAAUCUAAAUUUUAGCAAGAAGUGCAUAUGUUAUACUACCCAAAUGACUUACCAAAAAUGUUUACUGCCGCCAAAAA